AUGGCAACUAAUUCUAUCAACCCCAUUCCUUUCUCCGAACCGCCUUAUUUGCGCGGCCUGCCCUCACCAUACAUCACCGAUGCCCAUAGUCGCUUCCAGCAAGCGUGCCGCAAAUUCAUGUGGGAAAAUCUGAUUCAACAUGCAAUGGAAUGGGAGAAGGAGGGCACAGUGCCAGAACACGUUUUUAAGACAUUCAACAAACACAACAUGUUGUUGCCCAACAUGCCCGCCCCCCUUCCUGUCGACUGGCUGAAACGUCUUGGCAUCAAUGACAUUCUCGGUGUCAAGGUCGAGGAUUGGGAUUAUAUCUAUACAGGAAUCUAUCUUGACGAGCUGGCUCGGUCAGGUCUAAGUGGCCCUGGAGGUUCUCUGAACGCAGGAUUUGCCUUUGGAAUCGCGCCCAUUGUCAAGUUUGGCAGCAAAGAAUUACAAGAGCGAUUCCUCCCUGAUCUUCUUACGGGAAAGAAACGCACUUGCAUCGCCAUCACCGAGCCAGAGGCUGGUAGCGAUGUUGCGAACAUAGUCACCACUGCUGUCAAGAGUGCUGACGGAAAAUAUUACAUUCUGAACGGGGCCAAGAAAUGGAUCACCAAUGGCAUUUGGUCCGACUACACAACCAUGGCGGUGCGUACUGGCGGCCCAGGUCCCAGCGGACUAUCAGUCAUGGUCGUGCCCCUUAAAAACUACCCCGGUGUCACAAUGCGUCGCCUCAAGGUCGCUGGCCAGAAAGCAGGUGGAACAACAUACAUCGAACUCGACGAUGUAAAAGUUCCAGUAUCCAAUAUCAUCGGCAAAGAAGGUGAGGGCAUGCGCCUUAUCAUGACAAACUUCAACCACGAGCGCUUGGUCAUUUCUGUCGGUGUCACCCGUCAAGCACGUGUAGCUUUGUCUGCUGCUUUCUCGUACUGCCUUAAGCGUGAAGCUUUUGGUAAGACUCUGAUGGAUCAGCCUGUGGUGCGGCACCGACUCGCCAAGGCUGGCGCCGAACUCGAAUCAAUGUGGGCCUGGGUUGAGCAGAUUCUCUAUCAACUUUGCCAUCUUAGCAAGGAAGAGGGUGAUCGCCAGCUCGGUGGAUUGACAGCUUUGGCUAAGGCGAAGUCUGCCAUGGUACUUAAUGAGUGUGCCCAGGUUGCUGUGUUGCUGUUUGGUGGAAGUGGCUUCACUCAAGCGGGCCAGGGAGAGCUUGUGGAGGCUAUUUACCGUGAUGUCCCUGGUGUUCGUAUUCCCGGUGGUUCGGAGGAUGUCCUCCUUGACUUGUCUGUCCGUCAGUUGGUCAAGAUUUAUCAAGCCCAGGAGAAGAAGCUUUCCCAAAGCUCAAGAAUUUAG